AUGGUCGAUACUCAAUUAGGAGGUCUUCUAUCACAACUCAUAUUAUCUGUGCCUAUUGAAGGUUUUUCGGUUGGAAGCGAACUUUCUGACGAGACUCUCAUUAAUUCAGUAAAGUUAAUAUUAAAAGGCGAAUCCGCAAAGCUCAUUGGAAAUGAAAAUUACGGACCAUUGUUAUUUGGAGAGGAUUUGAAAAGCAUCUUGAAUACGUAUCCGCAACAUGACUUGGUCACAGUACUCAGAAGAUAUGUGAAUGGACUUUUUGAGUGCUUUCAUGGUGAAUAUCGAGGAACAGAGGCGACUUUACAUUUGCAGUUGAUAGCGAUUGCAUUCUUGAAUACAUUCAUACAAGUCAACUUUACAGGUCCAGGUAUUGAUUUCGAUUCAUCUGACAUAAUGUUUCCUGGGAUAAAUAAAGAAUUGUUGCAGAUUGAUACAGUGAGGCUAUUGAAUCUUGAAGGUCAGCUGGCAUACGAUUUAAUGACUGACCCAUUAUUCAUGGUUCUUGCAAGUAUCAUUUUUGAAAAAUUGAUGGGCUUAGAAGAUAAGAUAUCGUUUGUCGAUAAAGAUAAGACUGUUUCUAUCGAAUUGAUAGUCAUGUCAACAGAAAACAUAAUGAAGGAAGUCCCACUUACUCCACUAUUUGCUUCUUUGCAAUGGUGGAGGGCAAGGUUGCUACAAGUUCAUAUGUGCAUCGUAUCUGAACCUCCCGCUGUUCUUUCGACGGUGACUUCUUUGUUGUUGAAUCCUGCCGUUCCUGCAACGCUAGGAAAAGACCUUAAUUCACAGUUGCUGAACGAUCUUCGGGCCUUUUUCUUUUUAGAAAGCGCCAGAAAUGGUAUUCACAGUAGGACGGAGAAUCUCUCGAUUCCCUUCUUGCUAGAGGCUCAGAAAAUUUCACGCUUGCAAUUGAUUCUUUCUGGGGCAAGAGCCAAAAGAACCAAGUUUCAGACAUUUUUUACUACAUCCUUGAUUGUUUUAGCCAAGAGCAAUAAUUUGUGCUUUGCAAGUCAAGAUAAUAAAUUAGAGGCUCCGGAACAUAUAGCGUUGGAUUCUGAAUUGUUACUCGAAAAGCCUGAAUUUGAGUCUUUAAAUGACUUUGAAAUUGAAGGCUCCCAGAAUAUAAAGAGGACUAAGAUUGACCAGGAGUUUGAAAGCAAUUUAGACAAUCGUUCUUUACUUCCAAUUGCAUUUAAGCAGGAUGAUAUACCUGUGUCACUCAAAACGUUGGAUCCUAACAACCAACCACCUUUGAGCGAUAUAGACAAUGUUCAAUUAUUAUUGAGGCUAACAACUUUAAAACAGACAUCACCAUCUAACGAUCCAUUGGUGGAAGAGGAACUUCAGGCAUUGGUGGGCAGAAUUGUAUAUUCGCCUUCUUCCAGUGUCAACUGGUCUAUUUUCUCUAGGGCUUUAUGGGAAAGAUCUGUUUUGGAAACAAACAAGGCAAAAACGAUCGAAAGAGGUAUUUUGCAGAUGACAUCUUUAGUUGAAGAAGUAGAUUUGAAGAUCAAGACCAAAAUAAUCCCUAAGUCAAAUGAAAAAGAAGAAUCGCAUGUAUCUUCGAGGCUUAAAUAUAUUCACUUGUUACCCUUAAUGCCUCAAUGGUCAAUGGAUAAGGCUUUAGCAGAAAGGUACAUGUCUAUUGGAGCAUUGAAAUCGGCAAUUGAAAUUUAUGAAAGAUUAAAUUUUAUAUGUGAAGCUGCCCUAUGUUACGCAGCAACAGAACGUGAGUCAAAGGCUGAAACAAUGUUGAUAGAAAGAAUCAAAAGACACCCAGAGGAUGCUCGUGCAAUUUCAAUCCUAGGCGAUAUAAAGCAAGAUCCAAAUCUCUGGCUUAAAGCUUGGGAAAUAGGCAGAUAUUCGAAAGCAAAAGCUUCGCUAGCACAUUACUUUUACAGUCCACCACAGUCUUCAGGAUUGACAAAGAAUCUUGAGCUUGCAAUUAAUAAUAUGCAUGACUGCCUAACGGCUAGUCCUUUAAAUUAUGAUAAUUGGUUCUUUUAUGGUUGUUGUGGAUUAGAGUCCGGUCAGUUCGAAUUAGCAUCUGAAGCUUUUACCAGAUGCGUAGCUAUAGACGAUUCUAAUUCAUAUGCAUGGUCGAACUUGGCAAGUUCUCUUCUAAAGUUAGAAAAGAUAAAGCCUGCUUUCAAUGCUUUGAAGAAUGCAGUAAGGAACGCCUCCGAAUCCGGCAAGUCGUGGAGAAUCCUUGAAAACUACCUAAACGUAGCAGCCAAGUUAAACGAGUGGAAUGAUGUAUUGAUUGCUGUGAGAGAGUUGAUUAACAUGAAAGGUGGUAGUGAAGGAGAGGCAUCAAUAGAUAUACCAAUAAUCGAGAGGCUCGUGGAUAUUUUGGUAGCAACUGACUAUCCCCAGGAGGGUGAAAGAAUGACUCACUUUCAGAGUUCAUGUGUGGAUCUAGUCUGCAACUUAAUGCCGUCUAUAAUCACAUCUUCCGCAAGAUCUUGGAGAAUAGUCUCGAGGGUUGAAUUGUGGAGAAAAAAGCCAUGGAAUGCUCUAGAGUGUCAUGAAAAGGCAUACAGAGCAGUUUUGAACAAUCCCCUGUUAGAUACGGUUGAAUCAGUAUGGAACGAAGCGGUUGAAGCCUGUUCAGAUCUUGUUGCUGCAUAUGAGUCAUUAGGAGAACUUCCUGGAAAGCACAACGCUGGUGAUCUUAUUUGUAAGGACUGGAAAUACAAAGCGAGGACGUCAGUGCGUUCUUUGAUGUCGAAGGGAAAGGUCGCUUGGGAAGAUACUGAUGGCUGGAAUACACUUUCCAAUUUAAAGGAAGAAAUGACUCGUUAG